CUGCUGGCCCGGUAUAAAACCCUGUGCAGGGCAGGAGACCCAUCAGACAUACGCACUGUUAUUCUGAGAGAGGCACAGAGAGACAGAGACUUAGCAUCAGCAUAUCAUUAUCAAUCAAGUGGGAAAAUAAACAAGGCCGUCGAGAGCUGCCUCUUUCUCCUUCAACGAUUGACUGGAAUUAACUAUCUUACAUUUCCACCCGGGAUUUCAUUCACGCUUCUCCAAGGGGAUCCUUCUGCUGAGGAUUACUUUACACCGUAAAACUUUUUUCUUUUUUUUCUCUCUGUCAAAAACUCGUUACUCGUAUGGAAAAAUAGAGGGGCAGAAGGCAGACGCACCAAAGGAAAAGUUUCACUUGAUCUUCCCUCCUGCGCUUCAAGAGUUCACCUUGACUGUGACAUACCGGAAAGCCUUCUUUUUUAAACUUUCUUCAUGAUUGUUUGAGUCGGGCUACACGGACCUGUAGAGCUUUCACUGCUUGUUGAAGGGCUGUCAACACAAUGGGACGCCUGUGUCUGCUCCUGGUUGUCACUCUCUCCCUACUCACCUGCCAGGUUUUGUGCUCCGGAAUGUUUGAGCUGAAGCUGCAGGAGUUUCUCAACAAGAAAGGGAUACCGGGGAACUCCAACUGCUGCCCCGGUGGCUCUGCUCAUCCGCAGGGCCAACACCAGCAGUGUGAGUGUAAGACUUUCUUUCGGGUUUGUCUGAAGCAUUACCAGGCCAACGUCUCCCCCGAGCCUCCCUGCACCUACGGCGGUGCUGUGACUCCCGUCCUCGGCUCCAAUUCCUUCCAGGUGCCGGAGACCAACGCGGACAGCUUCACCAACCCAAUCCGCUUCCCCUUCGGCUUCACAUGGCCGGGGACGUUUUCACUGAUCAUUGAAGCUCUGCACACUGACUCCCUGGACGACCUGACAACAGACAACCCAGAGCGUCUGAUCAGUAGGAUCACCACUCAGCGUCACCUCACUGUGGGAGAAGAAUGGUACAAGGAUAUGCAGACAAGCGGCAGAACUGAGCUGCGUUACGCCUAUCGCUUCUUGUGUGAUGAGCACUACUAUGGCGACGGCUGCUCUGUCUUUUGCCGGCCCAGAGACGAUGCUUUUGGCCACUUCACCUGCGGCGAGCGCGGGGAGAUCAUAUGCAACUCUGGCUGGAAGGGACAUUACUGCACUGAACCAAUCUGUCUUCCUGGCUGUGAUGAAGAACACGGCUUUUGUGAAAAACCUGGAGAGUGCAAGUGUCGUGUGGGCUUCAGUGGGCGUUACUGUGAUGACUGUAUCCGUUACCCAGGCUGUCUCCAUGGCACCUGCCAACAGCCCUGGCAAUGUAACUGUCAGGAGGGAUGGGGUGGUCUCUUCUGCAACCAGGAUCUGAACUAUUGUACACACCAUAAGCCCUGUCUUAAUGGAGCCACCUGUACCAACACAGGUCAGGGCAGCUACACUUGCUCCUGUCUGCCUGGAUACACAGGUGCCAGCUGUGAGGUUCAGGUCAACGAGUGUUCUGGAAAUCCCUGUCGCAACGGAGGCAGCUGCACUGACAACGAUAACAGCUAUAAGUGCACUUGCCCACCUGGUUUCUAUGGCAACAACUGUGAGUUAAGUGCCAAUACCUGUGCAGAUGGGCCUUGCUUCAAUGACGGGCGUUGUGCAGACAAUCCUGAAGGUGGCUACUUCUGUCAGUGCCCGAUGGGAUACGCUGGCUUCAACUGCGAGAAGAAAAUUGACCACUGCUCCUCCAACCCCUGUUUAAACGGUGCAGAAUGUGUGGAUCUGGUGAACUCCUACCUCUGUCAGUGUCCUGAAGGAUAUUCAGGUCCUAUCUGUGAGGACAGCAGCAGUGUCUCUGGAUACUGUCUGUCCUUCCCUUGUCAGAACGGUGGGACGUGUCAGGAAGGAGUGAACAGCUACACCUGUACCUGCCCUCCAGGAUAUACUGGUGAAAACUGCAGCACCCCCAUCUCCCGCUGCCAUCACAACCCCUGCCACAAUGGAGCAACCUGCCAUGAGCGUGGUGGUCGUUAUGUGUGCGCCUGUGUGCCUGGCUACGGCGGUCACAACUGCCAGUUCCUCUUACCAGAGGCUCCCAGGGGUCAGCCAGUGGUGGAUGGACCGGAUCGACGAUAUUCUUCCCCAGAAAAUGAAAAUGUUGAGGACGAGGAGGAUGACGACAGUGGAUUCCCCUGGACGGCCGUGUGUGCCGGCGUCUUCCUCGUUCUUGUGAUCCUGAUCGGCUGCUCAGUACUGGUGGUCUACAUUCGGGUCAAACUGCAGGAGAGUCACAGUCACCAUGGCGACAGUGUCCACAGCGAAAGCCACGAGACCAUGAACAAUCUGACGACCACCAACAAUUGUCUCCGUAGUGACAAGGAACUGGGCACUGUGAUGACAACGUCCAUAAAAAACACCAACAAGAAGGUGGAUUACCAUUCGGACCUCUCUGGAUCACUGGGUGGUCUGAGUGGAAUCAGCGGGCUCAACGGAUCAGAGAAGAACGGCUUUAAGACUCGCUACCCCAGUGUGGAGUACAACCUGGUCCAUGAGCUCCGGCCUGAGGAGCUGCCACUGUGUAAAGAAGAGGAGCGUGAUGAGCCAGUGGUUAAUUGUGAAAUGCUAGAUGAGUCCGACUCGGAGGAAAGAUACAGGAAGAGACAAAACAGUGACGCAUCAGAAAUGAAACAAGUAGAAGAGUCACCAGGCUGCAGCGAAGUAAAAUAUCAGUCAUCAAGCGAGUUGAACUAUCACGCAGCAAGUGAUCUUAAAUGUCACUCAACCAGUGACGUCAAAUACCAGUCAACCAGUGAUGUUGAAUACCACAGUCCCAGUGACAGCAGGUACCAGUGUACCAACGACACCAAAUACCAGUCCGUCUACGUCAUGUCGGACCAAAAAGAUGAAUGUAUCAUCGCUACAGAGGUAUGAUACCAGUCCAGACCAGAUCAGACCAGUUUCCUGUGGUUGAUGGCGGUCCACACACACCAGCCCUGAGCAGUAGAGCUCAGCUUGUCUCCAGGAGGUUUUACUCCUGCUGUUUGCUGCUGUUCCCUGGGAUUUACCGGAGGACUUUGAGCCAAGGUGCUGCUGAGCCAGCGCAGAGUCAGUACCGACUUGGCAAGGACUUAGUACUACAGUAGUACUAUGGGUGAAUACUUGACAUUUUCGACCUGCGAUUGAUGUUAGGUCUAAUGCUGACUCAGUGCUAUGGAUGAAGUACUAGAAGACAGUGCUAGCACUCGUACGAACUUUGUACAGAAGCAGUGCUGAAUGAGUACUCAUGCAGCUGUGGAAGAUUUACUGCUUGUACCAGGAGGAACAAUGGAGUAUUGACUUUAAUGUUGACCGAUGAUAUUGUAGUACCAUGGACUACUGGUUAAAUGAACAGUGUAGUACCUUCGGAGUACUGAGAACUUUUUAAGUACUGUUGUGGUACUGUUAUGUGCUGUGGUUUUACAAUGCAGUGUAAAAGCUGUCAUGGAUAUUGGACAGUUCAUGUUCUGUGCAGUGCUGCAGAGUAAAGGAUGACGUAAUAGUAGUAGUCCCUGUACUUCAUUUUUAGUACUGCUGUACUGUAUUUAUCGUUAAAAAUGUAUUCAAAUCUCAAUUGGAGCUUUCCUGACAAAACAAAAUCAAAAAUAAAAACAGUGGGACUUCUACAGCAGCUGUACAUCUUUAACCCUGCAGCACUGACAGAGACAGUGUUGGCUGAGCUGGUUCUCAGCAGAAAAUAGAGAACUGAAGACUCCAGUAGUGACUGCAGAUCGAUCCAACAUGGAUCCUGUUGGGCCAUACUGGCCCCCUGACCCCUGAAGGUUGAGAUACAAAGGGCAAUGUAAUGGGCAGGGCAACUUUUAAAACACAACAAUCAGUGUAAGAUAACAAACAAAGGAAGAGACGGUGAAACAAAUCAGACAAAACAUAAGGGAAGUGUAAUCAUCCAAUACAUAUUUUUUCCUGGCAGCUCCAUUGGCCACAAUGUAUUGACAAAAUUAGCUGAAAGAAGUUGCAAAAUUUUCCUCUGAGGAUACUGUUGUGUUUUCAAGUAAACCAAGCUAUAAAAGACUAGUCUUAACUGCCAAGGCCUCAUUGCACUAUGGAGGUGUGCAUGUGUGUGUGUGUGUGUGUGUGUGUGUGUGUGUGUGUGUGUGUGUGUGUGUGUGUGUGUGUGUACAGAAGAGGUGAUGAUACCUGUGUGUGGUGUCACAUGUAUGCACUGCCCACUCCUGCUCCCUUCAUUCCCAGUCUUCCACUAUUAGCCAAUCGUAGGACACCAUCACCCCGCCUGCCAUUGGUUAGGAUCAUUUGUUUUAUUUGUUAUCUAAAGAAAGAUGUAUUCUUUUAAUUUAAUUAUGUAAUUAUUUGUGUUCCAUCUUGUUGUGAUUUUGUUUUGUUAAACCUGUUAUAAUUUAAGUUUUUAUUUGGCAGAUAAUGUAUGUAUGUAAGUAUGUAUGUAUGCAUGUAUGUGUUAGGCACUUGAGACCCCUGUGACUGUGUUGUAUUUAAGAGAUAAGUCGUAUGUACAGAGCCUGUCAUUUUUAUUACUGGAAACAGCGCAAUAUUUUUCCAAAAUAAAAGAGGAAUGAAAUAUA